UUAAUUCUUGCUAUUCUUAUGACAAUAGUAUAUUGUGCCAAUGACACAAUCAAACAAAAUGUCGAUAAAAUUAGAUAGGCUAUCUAAUCAGGGCAUAACAAACAUGAAGCUUAUGAUAAAUUGGCAUAUAUUGUUGAUACUUUUGGUCCUAGAAUGUGGGCAUCCCCAAGUAUGGCAUUAGCUGUUGAUCACCUUUACAAUUAAAUUUCUAAUUGGAAUUCAACAAAAAAUAAUUUAACAAAAGUUUACAAGGAAGAAUUAGAUGAGAUAAAAACUUGGGUAAGAGGAAGUGAGAAAUUAAUUUUAAAGAGUCCAAGAAAAAGAGAAUAAAAAUUAGGAAUGAUAGGACUUGGUUUAAUUGUUCCAGGUAAUAUAAAAGAUGGAGAAGUUGUGGUGGUUAAAAACUGGAAAGAAUUGGAUGAAAAAGGUAGUUAGGGCAAAUUAUAAGGUAGAUUCAAUAUACAAUUAGUUUAGGAAAGAUUGUUUGUUAUAAUGUUCCAUGGACAACUUAUGAUGACUUGAAGUUUUAUAGAUAAAAAGGACCUGAUAGAGCAUCUUAAUAUGGUGCGAUAGCUAUAUUAUUAAGAAGUGUUGCUUCAUUCUCAAUUUAUAGUCCACAUACAGGAAAUGUGAGAUAUUCUGGAAACUAAACUGAGAUUCCUGCUGCAGCAAUAACUGUAGAGGAUGCUGAAAUGUUUUAGAGAAUGUAAGAUAGAGGAUAAAAGAUUAUAGUUGAUUUAGAAUUAAAUAAUGAAUUUAAAAGUUCAACAAGUCAUAACAUAAUUGCUGAGAUAUAAGGUUCUACAUAUCCAGAUUAAAUAAUAUUGAUGGGUGGUCAUUUUGAUUCUUGGGAUACAGGAAGUUAAACAGGAGCUAUGGAUGAUGGUGCUGGAACUCUUGUUACUUUGGAAGCUCUUAAAGUAGUUGCUGAUUUAGGAAUAAGACCAUAAAGAACAUUGAGAUGGAUUGCAUGGAGUGGUGAAGAAAUGGGACUACCUAAUAAUGGAGCUCAACAUUAUUUCAAAUAUCAUGGUCAUGAAGAUCAUGUAGUUGCUCUUGAGAAUGAUGUUGGAUAAUUAACAGCUAUUGGUUUUGGUUUCACUGGUAAAUUAUAAACUAGCAGAAUGGUUAGAUAAUUAAUUAUGAAUUAUAUUCCUGAAUUAUCAGUUGUUAAUGAAAAUGAUGGGUAUUCAAAAUUUUAAUUACUUUUAGUUCUGGAGUAGAUACUAAACCUCUAGGAGAUAUAGGUGUUCCUUUAAUGAGAAAUAUCUACCAUGAUCCUAAUGAUGAUAUCUAUUUCAGAUAUCAUCACUCUGCUGGAGAUACAAUGAAUAUUUUAGAUCCUGAUUAACUGGAUUCCAAUGUAUUCGCUAUAAGCUCAAUGAUGUAUAUCAUUGCUGACAAUCCAGAGAGAUUACCCAAAUGAUUU